CCUUCGCCUUUUCUCCUAACCCCCACUGCUCUUUUUCCUCUCCAGCUCUGGGGAGGUGACACUGGCUGUCCUUCCACCUUGGGUCUCUAUAAGUCUGGAUUUCGAGAGGAGCUCAGGCAAAAGGAGUACGUAAAAGAGAUGCUGCUUGGUCCCUACACUUCCUCCUUUUAAUGACACCUUCCCCCUCUCCCUUGCUAGCAAGUAGACAGUGCACUGUGGUUGCCUUAUUCUGAGGGAAAAUCUAAAUCAUUAGUUGCAUGAAGAUUUGGGUCAGACUGAGAGGGAGAUUAGAGUGGGACAGUCAGGUACUUGAGGGGAGAGUAAAGUUCCUGGGGAGCCAGGGCAGGGGACACGGGUGUCUUCUUGAAGCUACAUACCCGGUUUAUAUGCUUCUUCCAACUUUUAUAUGCUUCUUCCAACUUUUGGCUAUUUACUGCCUCUGGCUAUAGGGAGGGUCCAGGGCUCUUUUGACUCCCUUACCGCCACCAGAGGAUAAUUCCAGCUGGAGAGAAAGUGUAGGACUUGAGUUAAGAAAAGAGGAAAAGCAUGAAAUCCUGAUUUGUUUGAGAACCUAUGAGUCUCAGAGUCUCUCCCGCUCUGAAAUACUCCAUUAUGCCCAACCCACCAGGCAUGCCCCCUGUAGAGUGGAACUCCUCCAUCACACUUCUGGCCCCUUUUAAAGACUUAGCCCACUUAGCUUUUUGCCCAGAUUCUCUGAGACCCAGCUCCCUCUGGUAUCCAGCUCCUGGAUACCACUGGCCUGGCCAGCUAGUGGCCCAACCCCCGCUUAAUUAUUGAUCAUUUCUGGCAUUGGACAGAAAAGCUAAGAAAUAAGCGCUGUUUUUCUCCAAGCUUUUAAAAAAGUGUCCCAGGCUCUGGUUUCUGCUUCUAAGGCUCAUCCUAAGUGUCAUUUGGGAAGGGAGGAAAAAAGGAGAGAGAGGGAAAAAAAAAAGCUUAAGGCCUGCAGGCAAUUUUUGCUGCUGUGAUUCGAAAUCAACAACAUGUAAAUGAGAUGCAGCUCGCAUAAAUUAUAUUUGAAUCAGGAGGAUGAUCAAUCUGGGUGACUAGGCUUAUUUCGGUAACUUUUCUGUUCCUCAACUUCAUCCCCCAGGCUUUACCCUAGCCCUAAAUUCCUGCCGGAUUACAAAAGGAAGCAUAGUCUCAGGUUAGGCGGAAGCAAGAUAAAAGAUUUCUGACAAGUUUAAUUUCUCCCCCUUUCUCACCCUGAUCAAGGGGGUGAGGGGAGUAAGGAGGUUGAAGGGAAAUGUUUUCCAGGGGGCAGGGUUUGUGGCUUUUUGUUGUCUACGAUCCAUGGUGUUAAUUAAAUGUCUAUGCUUAGCGCUGGUAGAGAGUGGGUUAAACAGGUCCAGAGUUGACAUCUAAAAUGACCUAGAUGGGAAUAGAUGGAAAGAACAUAUGCACAGGUAGAGGAGUGGAGACAGAGCAUUUUUUGUUUUACAGAAAUCAAUAAUCAGUAUUUUUAUAUUCCAUGUAGUGGGCAAGAGAGUAUCUCUGGGUUUCGGCAGUUUUCGGAGCAUAGAGGAACUGAGGAGACGUCGCUAUCCCAACUCUAGCUGUCAAGAGAAGCUUACUGGAAGAAUGGGGUCGGGUGGUGUGUGUGUGUGUGUGUGUGUGUGUUUUGUAUGUCUAAUCUGAAAUUACUUAUCAGAACUGAUUUCUGAUUCAAGUCCCCAGGGCCUGCAUUUCCCCUCUCCAGCCUACAGGAAGCUCCUCCCAGGAUCUUUUUGUUGUGGUUUGCGAUUGUGUAAAUCUGGAGUUGUGAAGGUGGAGUCCUUUGAGGAGAAGGACUUCUUUCUCACCAGUGUUUCGCCUUUAGGGGCAUGGUAUUGACUCUUUAUUCUUCACCCCAAGCACUAUAUGACUGUUCAUCUUUUUGCCCUUGGGAUGAGGCAGAGAGAAGAUGGCCCUAAAGAUAUAAGCCAUGUGUGCUCAGGAUGUGUCCUGAACAGCCAAGGGACAGGGUUCGGGUAGGGCAGAGGAAUUACUCUCAUUCUGGCUAUGGUGGGGUUUAACUGACAUGAUGCCUAUUACAGGGUGAGCUAAAGAUCACUGUAUUAAUAAUCAUUAGUAUAGUUUUAACAUUUCUUUCUCCAUCUCUUUUUCUUCUUUCUCCUUUUACCCGCCCUUUCUGUCUUGUCUCCAUUCCUUGUCCUUCCUGGUUUCAGGGAAGCUGACGCCACCCAAUGUCUUCAAUCCCACCGGAAUCAUCCCCCCCAAGCCUGAAAGUCCUGUACCCUCGUUGGUCCUAUCUGGUCACAGCAAGUUAGAGGUGAAAGAGCCCGGCCUGGGGCCCUUCUGUUUACCCCAAAGCUGUACUACCUGUAGCCAGGAGUGGCCAACAGACGCUAACCGAGCCUUCUGCACUACAUUCCUUUUCCAAGACUUUUCUGGCUCUAUCUGCGUUCCAGCCCAAUGAUUUCCCUCUUAUUGGAUCGUUCUCUCUUUUGCAUAUCAAGCCUCGAUUAAGCCAGUCCCUGAGGACAAUAAAGUCCUUUGGUGCCCCUCAGUUGACCCCUCCUGACCAUGGAACACCAUGAGCCUGAGCAUCCAGUCCGUGGUGAGGCCAGGACUGCGGAAGUGGUCGUCCCUGAAAACCACGAGGUCCUGUCAGAACCCAGUGAGCCCCCUCAGGACAAGGAUGCCGAAGAGGCUGAUGGGGCAGCUGGAGAACAGGAGCCAGUAGAUGAAGCUUUGCUGCCAGCCCAGGGCCAGGGUAACCUCGAGUCCCCUCCACCUGAUGCUAGCUCAAGCCAAGAAGGGCCAGCCCAGGGGACACAGCCUGAGGUAGAGACAGCGGGGGCCUGCUCCUGGCCCCAAGAGCUUCCCCAGUCCCCCAGGGCCCGACAACCUGAGCUAGACUUCUACUGUGUAAAGUGGAUCCCCUGGAAGGGAGAACGGACACCCAUCAUCACCCAGAGCACUAACGGCCCUUGCCCUCUCAUCGCCAUCAUGAACAUCCUUUUCCUUCAGUGGAAGGUGAAGCUGCCACCUCAGAAGGAAGUGAUCGCAUCAGAUGAGCUCAUGGCCCAUCUUGGAGACUGCCUUCUAUCCAUCAAGCCCCAGGAGAAGUCAGAAGGACUUCAGCUUAAUUUUCAGCAGAAUGUGGACGAUGCAAUGACAGUGCUGCCUAAACUGGCCACAGGUCUGGAUGUCAAUGUGCGAUUCACAGGUGUCUCUGAUUUUGAGUAUACACCUGAGUGCAGCAUCUUUGACCUACUAGGCAUACCUCUGUACCAUGGCUGGCUUGUUGAUCCACAGAGUCCUGAGGCUGUGAGUGCAGUUGGGAAACUGAGUUAUAACCAACUGGUAGAGAAGAUCAUCACCUGCAAGCACUCCAGUGACACCAACCUCGUGACAGAAGGCCUGAUUGCAGAGCAGUUCCUGGAGACCACCGCUGCACAGCUGACCUACCAUGGUCUGUGUGAGCUAACAACAGCUGCCAAGGAGGGCGAACUUAGCGUCUUUUUCCGGAACAACCACUUUAGCACUAUGACUAAGCACAAGGGUCACUUGUACCUACUGGUCACCGACCAGGGCUUUCUACAGGAGGAGCAAGUGGUGUGGGAGAGCCUGCACAACGUGGACGGAGACAGCUGUUUCUGUGACUCUGACUUUCACCUAAGUCACUCCCUAGGCAAGGGACCUGGAGCAGAAGGUGGGAGUGGCUCCCCAGAAAAGCAGCGGCAGGUGGACCAGGACUACCUGAUCGCCUUGUCCCUGCAGCAGCAGCCGUCCUCGCAAGGCACAUUGGGUCUUAGCGACCUGGAGCUGGCCCAGCAACUUCAGCAAGAGGAGUACCAACAGCACCAAGCCGCCCAGCCCGUGGCAGCACGUGCCCUGUUACCGCAGGGGAGAGGAGCUGCAUUUGGACGCCCAGCUGCCGAGCGUCGGCAGAGGCCGAAGCAAGAGUCCGACUGUGUCCUCCUGUAGCCCCGCUCAGUGCCAGGCUGCCUUGCCUCCGCUUGCAGAGGCUGGGGCUAUUUUGCUUGCUCCCUGGCUCAACUUGAGAUAUGCAGGGUAACUUAUUUAUGGAAUGUUGGGGAUCAGAGCAGGCAGUAAAUGCCAAGGUCAGACUUGGUGACGUCUUUGCCCUCACGUGCUGCCUCCUCUUCCUCCCAGCCAUCCUGGGCAACAUUGGGGUUGGUCGGGUGAGGAUUUCUGAUUCCCAACUCCCUUUCCCCAGAAUAGUCACAUUAAUAUACAGACUCAGGCUCCAGGGUGAGGUCCCUGUCUAGAACCCAUCUCCCCUACUUUCUGCUCCUGCAGGCCCACCCGUAUCCAUCCAUUUGUUUCAGGGUUUAAUUUGGGUUUCUAUCUCCAUUAUUUGUAAUGCCUUCCUAGGGGUUUGGAAAUAAAACUUCUUUCCUGAG